AUGUCCGAAUACAAAAUGGUCCGAACGAUACGACAUCUCACCGGCUUAACUAUGGAGGUCGGAAGUGCCCCAAAGGUCACGUAUCCUAUGGCGCCAAACGACACCAAGGCCUUGAGGAGUGUCCGACGCCCGGGUGGCGCGAGAAACGUUUCACGCUGGGGAAGAAUGGCGAGAAGAUUUAAACGGUCAACGCAGCGCUUUUAUGACCCUGCCCCUUUUGUUAAAGCGCUUUGUGCACACCCAGUAAUCGGCCCUACCCUCGCCAAUGCCAAGCCGAGCGAUGAGGUCGUCGACUUGCACAAGGCGUCAGGUGGCUCGGGCUCUUACCCGGUCGUGAGGCGAUGGGUCGACGGCUUACAGGCACGGACGCUUUACGCAAACGGCGAUCUCAAGCGGGAUGACAUCCCUCUUGCAACCUUCUCCGACGGAACCGAAGUGCUCGCGCACUCAAACGCCAAUCGCAAGGUCAACGCCCACAUCUCUGGGGUGAUACCCAUGACCCUGCCCCCGAGCUUCGUUGGAAGCUAUCAUCGCACUUUGUCAUCUCCGUGAACGGCCCUCAAAAACCCAAAGACGAGCAGUCAUUCCUCGAAACACUUUGUGAACAGCUCCACAUCUUCGAAGGGGAGCGUACAUCCUUUUCAGCCGCUCGGGACAGGCACGUGCUUUGCAGCGACAGGAUCGUGGCCUGCAUAGCCGACACGCUGGAGCAAGCAGCUCUUGGAAACCUCGUGGGAGCAAGAGGCCUCGCUUAG